UACUAGUGCCCAGAAAAGCAGAUCUUAAAUUGAUAUAUAGCUACACAUUAUAAAAUCCGCCGAGUAUUAAAACUACUACUGUUAGUUGUAAUGAAAAUUAUAACAAUAUGGGUCAACCUUUCCAAAGAACCACGAAUUUAACUGGAACAAGGAAAGGACACUGCGAGUUUCGCUCUGAAAUCAAUAGGCUCAAAGUCUAUUCGUCCUGUGACUGUUUUUACAAAGGUGUGUCGCUGCGUGAGACAGCCAUGACGUCACCGCAGUACCUGCCUGACUAACAGGAGAGGAAGGGAAGCGGGGGGGAGGCCGGUUCAGAGAGAAACUAAAGUGGGAGGAAAAACACAUUUUAUCUUUGUCAGUUGUCAGCAACGAGGGGCAGUUGAAAACUACCAAAACGUGAACAACAAAAAAAAAACGGAUGAUAAGAAUUACGAUCUUCGGACUUAAAGAAAAAUAACUCAAACAAACGGCAGGUUUUGGAGGUGAUACCAUUGCGUGGAAAAAAACAAAAACUGUUUCCUGGUUUCAGCUAUACAGGUCAUGGCUGUCCACCCGCGCCGAGUCCGGCUCAAGCCCUGGCUGGUCACCCAGGUGGACAGCGGUCUGUACCCGGGACUCGUGUGGCUGAACAGAGAGGCCAAGAGGUUCCAGAUACCAUGGAAACACGCCACCAGACACAGCCCUCAGCACGAGGAGGAGAACACCAUCUUCAAGGCUUGGGCUCUGGAGACUGGGAAGUACCAGGAAGGGAUCGAUGAACCAGACCCGGCCAAGUGGAAAGCUCAGCUGCGCUGCGCCCUGAACAAGAGCCGGGAGUUCAAACUCAUAUACGACGGUACCAAGGAGGUUCCCAUGAACCCGCUGAAGAUAUACGACGUCUGUGAAAUCCCGCUGGCCAUAGGAAACCCAGGUUCAACAGGGUCCGUUCCCUGGGAGGAGAAUGAUGCAGAACCGGAGGAAGAGGAGGAUGAAUCGUUUCCUUACCUGCAUGUCAAGGGCUCUGUGUCCCCGAUAGACCCUGCCAGUGUCCAGAGCUGUCCCCCUGUGGAGGUGUGGCCGAAGGAGGAGCCGGUGGAUAUGGAGGUGCCCCCGACCCCUCUUCUUGAGGAAAUGUUCAGCUCUCCAGAAAUGUGGAUCAGCUCCUUGCCUAUGACGGACCUGGAGGUGCAGUUCCAGUUCCGCGGGAAGGAGGCGUGCCCCCCGCUGAUAGUGAGUAACCCCCAGGGCUGCAGGCUGUUCUACGGGGACCUGGGGCCCAUGGUGAACCAGGAGGAGCUGUUCGGACCGGUCAGCCUGGAGCAGCUGCGCUUCCCGUCCGCCGAACACAUCACCAACGAGAAGCAGCGGCUCUUCACCGGGCGCCUGCUGGACGUCAUGGACCGCGGCCUCAUCCUGGAGAUCAGCGGGCAUGAUAUCUACGCUGUGCGGCUCUGCCAGUGCAAGGUGUACUGGUCCAGCCCCUGCGCCCCCAACCCCAACGCGCCCAACCUCAUCGAGAGGCAGAAGAAGGUCAAGCUCUUCUGUCUCGAGUCCUUCCUCAGCAGCGUGAUUGCCCAGCAGAAGGGACAGUCAGAUAAGCCACCCCAGUUUGAAAUACACCUCUGCUUUGGGGAGGAGUGGCCUGAUGGGAGACCCAAGGAGAGGAAACUCAUCAUGGUCCAGGUGAUCCCGGUAGUGGCCCGCAUGAUCUACGAGAUGUUCUCGGGGGAUUUCACACGCUCCUUCGACAGUGGCAGCGUGCGUCUGCAGAUCUCCACGCCCGACAUCAAGGACAACAUCGUGGCUCACCUCAAGCAGCUCUACCGCCUCCUGCAGACUCACCAGGGACAUGACGGCUGGCAGAUCCCACCCGGCACCAAUUUGCACCUCCAACAAGCGCUGUCCGCCCAAUAACCAAACAGACCCUUAUAAAAGUUUGCUGUGGCAUCUUACCAUGCAGUGUAUUUGCUUAAACAUGUUUGUGUGUGUGUUUGUUUUUUUGUUUUUCAACCAUACUUGCCUAUGCUUUGCCAUGGUUUUUGCAUUAUUACAAUUUGCCAUGCUUUGGCCAUUUACAAGAGUCAACUUUUAUAAGGGGUCUACAUGUGCCUGAAAGAACAGAUUCAUUAGUGGCAUGGUUAGAUUUGCAGUGUGAAGUGUGGUGUGGAACCUCUCUAAUAAUGCAAUGUGCUGUGGUGGUAGAGCGAGGAUGAUAGCGCUAGAAUCCGGCUGUCAUCACCAGAGUUUUAUUGCAGAAAUGACUUUAUAAUCACCCUGCAGCCUGUAGGAAUUUCUUUCGGGGUUAGUGGUGUCAAGUGUAGAGUGAAGAAAAAUAAUGAUUGCUAUUUUAAUUGAUACGUUAUUAAUAAUGUGUUUUUUCAAGUGUCAUAAUUUUAUUGCUUUUUUUUUUAGACUGUUUUUGUGUAAUUUUUUCAUCAUGUAAAUUGAAAGUUAAUACAAUGCCUUUUUGUUUUAAGGAGUGCAUGUGGUUUUUAGACAGGUGUGUGUUUUGAAUUGAAAUGAUGAAGUGUUGAUGGUUCUGAUGCAGUAGGAUCCCUCUUGUAUGACCUGAGUGAAGUGAGCUGGUCAUAUUAACAGGAGCUCUCCAGGCUCCAGAUUGGAAGGGACUGACAGACAGUCCCACUUGUUAUAUGAAGCUGGUCACAGGGAGGGUGUCUGCUGUGUUGUUGUUGUGUGUAAACUGGUCAAUGCCUUGCUUGUAUAUCAGAUUGAAGAUGCAAUAUUCAAACAAUAAAUACUAUUUUACUUAGCUCUAA